CCCGCGCGCCGUGCAGAAGAGGGCGCAAGAAGAGGGCUUCCCAACAUCCCAAAGUUCCCAAAAGAGCCAGCCGUCCAACUGCCCGCCACCGCGGAUCACGGCCUCUUGCACCCCAGCAGGUUGUGGCCCAAACUCGCCUACGGGCGCUGCAGUCUCCAGCGGUAGCGUCGAGCUGAGAGAGCCCAUCGCCCGCUCAAGGACACUUGCGGGGACAGCGCGGGGUCUAGCGAGGCUCCCUCUGCACAGUUUUGCAAACGCACCUAUCCUUUAGAUGCGGCAAUAUCUGUGCACACUCUGGGCAGGCCAGAUCCGACCAAGCCAACCUGUCAAAAUUUAGCCUUUCCCUGCAAAGAGCCGCCCGGACUUCCCACUCCGCCUUGGCACGUGCUCCGCCAUGGAAAACCAGCUGGAUCUGCAGUGCUUCCAGAACGGGGACUUGCUUCCCAGUCGCCUCCAGCAGUUGGGCGAGCUGCCCAGCAGCGAGCCGCGGAAAACCGCGAAGCAUCACCCGUCCUUGGCCAAAUGCGACCGCGAGGCGGAAGACCGCGACGGAGACGAGGACGGAUUGCAGGCUCUGGAGGCCGCCUACGCCACCAUCCUCCAGGGGCUGGACGAGAACCCGGCGAGGCAAGGGCUGCAGCUGACCCCCCGCCGAGCCGCCAAAGCCAUGCAGUUUCUCACCAAAGGCUAUCGAGAAACAGUCGCAGAUAUACUCAAUGAUGCCGUUUUUGAUGAGGACCAUGAUGAGAUGGUGAUUGUGAAGGACAUUGAUAUGUUUUCCCUUUGUGAACAUCACUUGGUGCCUUUCUUUGGCAAGGUACACAUUGGAUACUUACCACGGAAGAAAGUGGUUGGCUUAAGCAAGCUUGCAAGAAUUGUUGAGAUAUUUAGCCGAAGGCUUCAAGUCCAAGAACGACUUACCAAACAGAUCGCUAUGGCAAUUACUGAAGCACUGAAACCUGUUGGAGUGGCUGUGGUCAUAGAAGCAUCGCACAUGUGCAUGAUCAUGAGGGGCGUUCAGAAAAUGAACAGCAAGACUGUCACCAGCGCCAUGCUUGGAGUCUUGCGAGAAGAUCCAAAAACCAGGGAGGAAUUUCUUGCCUUGAUUAAGAAUUAAAUGGCAACAGCUUGUGGCUCUCUGUGGGUUUGGAUUCCAUGCUAUAGCUAAUUGCCAACAAAUGAUUGCCUUAUGUGAGCCAGUUUUUUAAAAAUCUGUGCAGUUUAAACAAACCAACAAAAAUAAUUGUAUCACAGCUUUAUUCUCACUUCUCUGUAACACCUUAGAAUGUUGCUAAACAUUUAACGGGAUGCAACUACCUGGCUCCAUUAUUAUUAAAAGGAGACCAACUGAGAUAUUAGAGGAUAAAGUGGCAAACAUUUUUUAUCAUAUUUUAGUUCUGAUGAUUAAUUUGAUGACAUCAUGGUACACUGACUGAUGUAAUUAGGAGGACCAUAGAAUUCUUGCUAUCUCCCCAUAUUUCCCCCUCCGAGGCCCUUUUUACUUCUAUUCCACUUCAGUUAUUUUGCCCUGCUGGUGGGGAGUGAUGUGUUACAGAUAGCUGCAAGAAAAUAAAAUUAUGCUUUUUUACUCCACCUUUCCACCCUACACCAAUGCCUUGGAUGUUCAACAACCAGUGCUUUCUGGGAACUUUAUUUCCUAGAAUGUACCAGGUUGUUAGAAUGCAUCCCAGGGAAAGGGUUUUUAGCUUUAUACCUGUCAACCGAAACAGUUACCAGGCUCUUGAUUCCCAGUGGUGACAUAGAGACUGCAUUGUUUUCUUCAUGGUCCCAGCAAAACCUAAACCUCGACCCGCCAAAAUUAUUUUUAUAGUAUGAGAAAGUUGUAUUUUUAAAAAGUCUGAAUACCAGUCUUUCAUUGAUGUUGUUCAAAUACAUCUGCAGUACUCCUUACUUUGAUUUAAUGUCAAUUUAACUGUCGUGGUUCCCCUUGAAGAAUUCUAGUAACUUUGUGGAGGGUGCUAAAAAUUCUGUUAAGAGAUGCUACAUAUAUACAGCAUACUGUAUUUUCACACAUACAGAAGCCUUUAUUGGCAUUACAUAUUGUAUUUUCCAGUGUUGUUAGAGAAUUAUUGCUUAACUACUUCAACCGUACAGUCCUAAAUAGAGUUACACCAUUUUCAUUCCACUGAGUUUAGUGAGUUUAGAAGAGUAUAGCUCUGCUUUGAAUUGCAUUAAGUCUGAAUUGUAGAUAUGUACCUAACUAGCGCUAUUCUUUCAUAGGCCUCCAUUUAGCCAUUCUCUAUCAACUGCCAAAGGCUGUGUGUGUAGAAGCCAAUUAGAAAAGCAACAAUCGCAAAGCUUAGCUGUUCAAGGGUAACUGCCCAUACCCUGCUCCCUCUCCUGGACAGCUGAUUGCACUAUUGUUGAUUUUCUUGGGGUUCUUCACAUAGAUUGGGGUGUCAGUAUCAUGAAGUAUGACAUAUACAUCACACAUUGAUCCUUAUCCAAAUGCCUUGGCAUUUGGUCUAGGCAGAAAAGGAUAUUAUCCUAAAUCAGAAUUGUAAAAUCUCAUUUUAUGUAUUCUGUUGCCCAUUGGAGAAUAGCUUCAGUGCACAAAGUCUUCAUUCAAUCAGUGCCAUUUAAUAGAUGAUGUAAAACAUUUGGAGUCCCCAUUGAGGAAUAAGGCAGGGCAUAACUGAUGUAACUAAAUAAUACUUGUCUUAUUCAAUGUUUAUUUUUUUUGAGCACGUGCUUCAGGAUAGAACUUUUAAAGUACUAUAGCACUACCACUUAAUCCUCAGAGAACUGUAUAACACAACUUGGAAUGUGCCUUAUAAGACUUAACAUGCUAUAGAAAGGGCUGGCAUUUCCUGAACAGUUUUUGUUUGCUUAAAUGGAAAAGCCCUGGGCCUGAAAUUUUUACAGCUCACUCAGUUCUGCAGUUGAGUUUUGUUUGUCACUAAAAUAACAGUAAACAUGGUGCUAAAAUGUGCACAUAACCCCAAAGUGUUAUGUUAAUAUAUUACUGUAUUUAUAAAAUGCUUUUAAUACAGAACUACAGUUCUGGAUUCCAGCUUAGCUUGUCAUAUGUUAGUAGCAAAUAAUUUCCUUUAUACCAGUAGUUGUAUUGUGUUCAGAAAUGCAAAAUGGUUAUAUUAAGUGGUAACUAUUACCAUCACUGCUUCUUUUAUAUUCUGUCUUUGUGCUAUAAUUAUGGCAUAGAACAAGUUAAGAUUGAAUCUUCAUAGCACAGUUUUAUCUUUGUUUGCUUUAGCGCAAUCUGUCAUCUUUCCCAUUGGAUAUAAAUCUAAUGCAUCCUCAAGGAGUCUCUGUGAAUCACUAUUUUAAGAUUAUGAUUGCAGACAGGACAAAGCUGAGAAAGAGUUUGAUGGGAAUCAAGAUCUAGCUCACAGCUUUUGUAUUUUAGCAGGACCUGGUAAUGGGAUCGUAAGACCUUUCUGUUCAGCUUAUACUAAAAGUAUUUCACAAUGUUAGCUGCAGUGCAUUUUAAAUAGUCAUUUGGCUAUCAAUAUUGUAACAGAGAGCAUUGGUAGAGAAGUACAGUCAUGAUGGGCUCCUGUAGGUCGAAGCAAAUUUCCAUUUGUCACCGGCAGCAGCCAUUUCAUCUGUCUGCCUUAUGAAGAGAAAGGCUACAUUGUGGCCUUCUCCUGGAGCUUGGUUGGGACCAACUCCCAAUUUAACUCCUCCCAUCCCACAAUCUUCUCCUGGUAUAAUCAUUGCACCUAUACCCUUUUAUGCUUGCUAUGAGACAUUAUGAAAGAGGUGCCUUUGAAUUUUCCUUAAGCUCUUUUUCUAUUUUUAUAUCAUGUUUACUGGAUUGUAAGCUGUUAUUUAAAAUUGGAAGAAAUGGUACGAACCAUCAGAUUUCUGUGUAAGAUUAGGACACUGAUUGACCGUGGAACAUGAGUAGAUUCAAAUGCAGGGAGUAGAGCCAAGUGCAACAGCAAGCAUUCAGUCCCCUAUGGAGCAGAAAGAAAAAGAAGCACACUCCUAGACUUCCGGGGGGGGGGGGGGGGGCGGCACUAAUGUUGCAUCCUA